AUGAUCCUCCUACUCAUUCCAAUCCUAUCAAUUUGCUCAAUUCGUCGUUUGAAUAAGCUGGCACCAUUCGCACUUGCUGCUAACUGCAUGUACAUCUCUGCCGUGGUGAUUGUGCUGUAUUUCUUCUUCACGCAUUUGAAAUCGUCUUCCGAUUUGCCAGCUGUUGGCCAUCUUCAUACUGUUCCUUUAUAUUUCGGGACAGUUUUAUUCGCUUUCGAAGGAAUUGCUGUGGUUUUACCGGUCGAAAAUCGCAUGAAUCAGCCGCAAAUUUUCAUUCGAUGGAAUGGUGUGCUAAAUUCGGCAUGCUUAGUUGUGUUGUCAAUAUUUGCUGUGAUGGGAUUUUACGGUUAUUUGGCUGUUGGUGAUAAAGUUGCUGAUACUGUUACAUUGAAUUUACCACAAGAUCCGUAA